AGUUAAAGGCAGGUUUUAGUUUUGAUAGGAUAUUUUAUUAUCCAUUUAUUAGAUAUGAAUUAAAGCUGCACAACUUAUCAAAUCACAGCAAUAUCAGCCUGUACUAAUAUAUAGUUACAUAUAAUCCUUUCAAUAAAUAGUGCAGUCCUAAUACAAAUGAUUAAUUUAAGGAACUAUUUAUUUAUAGUCAGUAUGGUCUGCUUCCGUAACUUCAUAAAUAGCAGUGAUAAUACAAUAUUUUUAAUUCUAUGUUUUCGGGUGCUGUUGUUAUCCUAUCAAACUAUCUGAUACAUGACUGUUCUUUCAGGACGGACUGUUGCGCUUACUCCAAUGGCUCCUUCAAAAUUUGUUAUUAAGUGUGGGAACUUUGCUGUGCUGGUGGAUCUCCACGUACUGCCCCUGGGCGGCCAAGAGGACGCCAGCUGGUUUACUACGGACCACAUCGAGGAAGUUGCAACUCUGGUUCGAGACUCUGUGGAGCAGAGAGUCAAGCAGUAUUCAGAGUUCCUCCACAACAGAAGAUUGCCCAAACAGAAGAAAGAGCUGGCACCUGCUUCAGCUUUCCAUGUUAAAGGGAAAAAUUUCAGUCUAGUUGCCAGUUUUCUAAAGCGCCACUUCAGCCUCAAGUGCAUUGUCAAGCAGCAUUAUGGAGAUUUGCGUGUGUUUCCUGAACGUUAUGUUGUGUGUGUAAGCUGUCUAGAGGAUGCCUCAGCACACCAUGGAAACCCGAGCCUGGCCGUGACUGAGCUGAGUGAACAAAGCAGAUCAGAAUAUUUUUCCAAAGUGGGAGAAACCCAAGAGCCUUUAAACAGCCCCGCAAAAACAAAGAAGACUGUGCUUCAAAAGAUAGCCAGACAAGCCAGUGUCCAGCAAGAGCUCGGCGGCUUGAUUACAGGGAAGCAGAGAGACUGUCCAGAAGACAAAAGAGAAACUGAAUCUGAGAAGGUAAAUUUAAACCUCAGCAGGACUGUGAGCCAUGGACAGAAUUCCCCACCAGAAACACAGCCCCAGGUCCAUUACCCCAGUGUCUUAACUGGGCCUGUAGCUCAGAUUGCUAAUAAUCAUGAGCAGGGCCUGACCCAAAUGCUGCAGAAUGAGAACACAAACUCAAAUGAGGUCUCUGGAGUUUUCUGCCCAUAUAAAAUCAGUCAGGAGACUAGCAAGACCAAAAGCGAUGCAGGGGAAGACCCCUACCCACAGAGGGCCAAGAGGGCGUGUCUUGGCCGACCUCCAGCCACAACGCAACCUCCUUCAAUCCCGUGCUCCUCACAAACAUCCAAGCGUGACCUUCUUCCUCUGCCACCCCUAUCUCCAGAAGAAGCCAAGUCAGAGUCCAAGGCUUUCCCAGUCUCCGAGUGCAAGAAAACCACACUGGAAGUAGAGCUGCUUACUCCAGGGAAACGGGCCCAGAGGCUCCCCCUCACAAGCAAUAACACGGCACAGACAAACCAAAACAGGCUGGCCGCAAGUCUGAGGGGCCUAUCUGUCAAGCCUGCAUCCUCAGGCUCCUCUAUUAGUUCCAGAUCCACACUCAGAGAGGAGGGGAGUGAAAAUGUGCCCAGAACCUCUAGAUUACGGCGACUGAAGAGGUCCUGAGUGGGAAAGACAAGCUACAGUGAAGAUGCCUGACGCCACGGAGAUAGAGUUGAUAUUGUGUCAGGCUCCAUGUUUACCCCACACAGUCUCCUCUGAUGACUUGCAUUUGUACACAUGUCACAUUUUACUAUAACGUCUAGUCACACUGUACACUGUAGAUGCAAUGCACACACAGAUCAAAUGCUGAACACAUUACAGUGCGUUGAUACAUGAGCCUUUGAGUUACGCUUUGUCAAAUACUUGAAACAGACUUUGCCUCCACCCAUAAGUAGUGGUGGUCAAGAGAGGCUUGCAAAUGAAAGUCAAAAACCUUUAAUUGGAGUUUAGAUUUGGUUUUGUGUUAAAGAUUGGGGAUUUCAGACAAGCAGGAGCCAUGCAGUACGUCAUGGCUUUCAGUCUCAAAUACUGGCUCCUACAUGUCUGAAAACUGUCCAGUUUCCCUGCUGAAGCACUGGUGUGAUUGAUUGCUGUUUCCAGAUUUAUUUCAUCACCCUGUUUUCAAAAAUGUAUUGUCGUAGUUACAUUUCAUUCAUAUACAAGUUGCUCAGCACUUAGUUGCUAAGCGCCUGAAAUGUGAGGGUAUUUUGCAGCUUUGUAUUGAGCUGUUUUUAAGGCACAAUAGAACAUGUUGACAGUAUCUCAGGUUAAAAUGUAGUUGUUACUCCAAGACUUAAUCUGGAUUUAAGGAAUGCUGCCAUCAUGGUUUCUUCUUGUGAAUUUUAUGACCAUACUGGCCCAGAGAGCAUCGGCACCUAGGGGCCACCAGUUAACUGCUUAUUUUUUUUUAAAUAACAUUUUAUGUAAGGGUCAACAUUUUUAAAACCAAUAAAUAUUAAAGUAGCGUGCCACAACAUGUACAUUUAGAUGGUGAUGUUCAAUUACAUUAGAUGUCAUUAUCAUCCAAGAAAAUGCCCAAGAAACUACUAACCUUGUCCCCCAAUAUAAACAGACCAUUUCUUCUAUUUUUUUUUUUCUUAUUUCUAUUUUUUUCAAUUGGCUGCAAAUCUAGAUCUCAGUGAGAAAGUUGUCCUAAUUGCUCUGCUUUGAACCAAGAUGUUCCUCCUCAUGACAUAUUUUUGUGUGAAUACAAUAUUCUUGAUUUAUUUUUAUUCCACUGGAAAGACAUUCUAAGAUGUAAAUAAAUGCGUUUUUUCCCUGGGGAAAAUAAACUCUUUGUGGAAAUAUGCAAA